UGCCAAACAAUACUAAGCGAAAUAGUAAAACCAACUAAAUUUGCACAUUUAUUGAGAAAUCUAAGGAAAUAAUAUAAUAUAUGUCGUAUGUAGUAAUCAUUUUGAUAAUGUGAUAAUAAGUAUACCCAUGGCUUCCAGUGUUCAAGACUCGCCUGUCCAGCAGACAUUUGUGGAGGAGAUAGAUUACAAUGAAAUACGAGAAUUAUCGGUUGUCGGAAAAGGCGCUUUUGGAGUGGUGUGGAAGGGUUUAUGGAGGGGCACUUAUGUGGCAGUAAAGCACAUCAAUUCUGAGGCUGAAAGGCGUGAAUUCGCGAUUGAAGUGCGUCAGUUAUCGCGCGUGUCGCACCCGAAUAUAGUGAGACUGUAUGGAGCAUGUACACAGGGUCCCCACGUAUGUCUUGUGAUGGAGUAUGCUGAAGGUGGCUCUCUGUAUAAUGUUCUUCACAAUCAUCCCAAGCCUAAAUACACCGCAGCUCAUGCUAUGAGUUGGGCCCGUCAGUGUGCUGAGGGAGUAGCUUAUCUACAUGCAAUGCAUCCAAAGCCGUUAAUACACAGAGACCUAAAACCUCCAAACCUGUUGCUAGUGGGCUUUGGACAGCGGCUGAAAAUAUGUGACUUUGGCACAGCAGCUGAUAAGGCUACAUACAUGACAAAUAAUAAGGGCAGCGCUGCAUGGAUGGCGCCAGAAGUGUUUGAAGGAUCAUCGUAUACAGAAAAGUGUGACGUGUUCUCAUGGGGCAUCAUCCUGUGGGAGGUGCUGUCGAGGCGAAAGCCCUUCGAGGAAGGCGGCUCGGCGUUUAGAAUAAUGUGGGCUGUGCAUACAGGUCAAAGGCCAAACUUAAUAGAAGGCUGUCCGGAACCUAUAGAGAAAUUGAUGACGCAAUGUUGGCACAAGGUACCCGCGGAGAGACCGAGCAUGACCGAGGUGGUAGAAAAAAUGACAGCUCUGUGCGAGUUCUUUCCGGGCGCCGACACGCCGAUCGACUACAGCGACUGCGAGGAGCGCGAGUACAGCGAGAGCCUGGACGGCGACUACGCGGCGUACGACACGCGCGAGGGCCUGGACACCGACCCCGAGUUCGGCACCGAGCGAAGCGCGCGGCACGACCCCGAACCGCGCCCGCGCAGCUUCGUCGAAACACAAGUCAGUAAACUGCAGACCCUCAUGGCGGCCGAGGCUCACCCCAAAACGGCAGCGCUGCCCAGAGACGAGCCCGAUCUGCACAAUAGAAUAGGCCCCGUGCGCAUACCGCAGACGUUCAAAAAGCCCGACCGCUACGCGGACGCCGGCCGGUCCCCGGUCACCAUAAACCGGACGUCCAGCUCCCCGGUGCCUUCGGAGAGGGCCUAUAUGCCCGGCGAAGGCGGCACCCCCCAGGACAGUCUACGCGUUGUCAGGAGCCCGGUAGUGUUCAGUGAGAGCUCCUCCCCUAGAAGACUAUCACCGAUAGUUAAUUACAAUAUCGGCAACAUGAACCCGAGACAUAUAGACAUAGAGCAGUACUGGAACAGAGAGAACGACAAACUGUCCCCGGCCAGGAGCCCUUCCGUGCUAAGUAGUUCCAAUUCGGUUAGGAAAGAGGAUUACAAUCAGAACUAUUGUGAUAGAUUGAGCGCUGGCAACAGCCCCAUGACACCGUUGAAAGAAUACAACGGGAACAUACCGCAGAGAUUGCCAUUGGACCCAAAGUACAGGACGCCGUUAUCGAUCGAAGUCGAUCCUAACUCAUGGGAUCUCCCAGAUGUGAAUUUCGACGACGAUUUAUUAGAGAUCAAAAACACUGCCGGAUUCGAUAAAUUCUUCGCGCAUGGCAACAGUAGCGGCUCGACAGGCGCAGAAGGCGCAGCGCCGCCGCCGGCCGUGCCGGACCCGGACCUAGACUCGAUCCACAUGAUGCUUGACCCGCACCUGCGGCCCAUCUCGCCUGACCUUAACAACGAUGAAUCGAAACGUAUCUUUGAGGAGCACAAGCAGCUUGCACAGGAGUACCUCAAGAUACAAACCGAGCUAGCAUACCUUAGUAAGCACAAGUCGGAGCUGGAGGAGCAAAUGGACGACGAGGAGUUACGGCAGAAGAGAGAAAUCAUACAACUCGAAAAUGAGAAGGACUCGCUAAUUAAACUUUACUGUAGCCUGAAGAAGCAGCAAGCGCGUGCGGAGAGCGACACGUGGUGCUUGCUGCCCGAGGACAUGCCCCACGAGUGACGUGCGCCCGCGCACGAAACAGGGACCACUCUGUGACGUCAUCGCGCGACCACAACAUUACUACUCCAUUGUGGCAAAAGUAGCUAAGUCGAGUGUCCGCUAUCUUAUAUACAA